CAGACGCAGCAAACUCGCAUCACUUAGCGAUUUGGAAUCUGGCCAGUGGCUGAGCGUCUUUGCUUCGGAAUCAUGGGAUACGUCAUUACAUCUGGCUUAGACUUUCGCCAUGAGGAAGAAGAGGGGUGAGGGGGGCGAAAACAGCGCAGCAUAUAAGCCAUAACGCUCCCAACGCCAGAACUAGUUUGCACCGCAUUGUUUACUUGAAACUCCAAGAACGAAGAUAAAUUUCCUCGGACGCACAAACAUCGUCAUGGCAGCACCAAAUGAGCAGGUGCCAAACGAGCCGCCACCGUCGUAUGAGCAGUCGACGGGCAGAACGAAGAUCGGAACAACCGGGUUGCGAACAGUUCCAGAAGCCCGAAAUGGAAUUACGCCAGCGCAGAGACGGAGCAUGGAGGAUGAAAACAGGCCACUUCCUGACGGUUGGAUUCGCCAGUUCGAUCACCAGUCGAAUCAUCAAUUCUUCGUCGAUACCAGAGCGAAUCCGCCGCGAUCAAUAUGGCAUCAUCCUUACGAUGACGAGCAGUACCUGGCGUCAUUGUCACCCGAGGAGCGGGAAAUAGUAACGCAUCUGCAUCGGAGCAUCAGCCUCAAAGAUAUCGCCGUGGAAAGCAGUGACGACGAGGCUGGGUCGUCGACGAAAAAGCACAAACAUCGAACUGGCGAAGCAACCGUUCCUUCGUCGUCGACAGCAGCUGGCCCGUCUUCAGCCGCGCAGUCGGAACAGCCACGUGGCUUGCACAAGUACGGUCGCAAGCUCAAGGACAAGAUCACUGGAAGCACUCAUGAGGAGCGCGAAAGGGAACGCUACUUGCGGGCUCAAGAAGAACAACAAGCAUACGAGGCCCAUUUGGCUUUUCGACGUGCAAUGUCCCGCGCAAUACAAACCGGACAGCCACAAUUCCUUGCAAAGGAUCAGCAGGGUCACGAUAUUUACAUCGAGCCACCCAAUGGCCCUGCAAUACCGCCAGGCGCCAGAGGGUACAAUCCUUACGCGUCUGGCGUCUAUGCCAAUCCGAAUGCCCGGUUCGUGAGACCAAGCAACCCGUACAACAGACCGUACGGAUCCGGUUACGGUGGUGGUUACGGACUUCCUAUCGUGGGUGGUCUGCUUGGUGGAGCAUUGCUCGGAGGCCUGUUGUUCUAGGCGUGAUGACGUUUGAGUGUGGGUUUUUAUUAACGGUUUUUAACCUGUAUUUGAUACCAAGAAGACGAAAAGUUUGUUUUGCCGUCGACAGAAUCACGCGUCUUAGCAGCAGCACAAUGAUUCGAAUCUAAGGUCAUAUCUCAAGAGUCGCCAAAGCUCCAAGCUGGUUUCUACUUGGGCAUCUCGUAUUCGCUUUCGCAAGCCUCCACCAUGGUUUGUCUCCGCGUUUGCAGCUCGCACUGCGAGUACAGACUCCGUUCAGCCCCAGCGUAAAUGUCGUCAAUCAUUAUUAACAGCGGAAAAGAGGCUUUCAGCGAACUCUUACCGUGCGCACUGACAAGCGCAUUGACUCAAGGCCGCAGCGGUAGAAUCAUCACUUCGGCAGAAUAGCUAUUCUAAGCUCGCUUGCGCUUCCUAAAAAGCUUAAAAUGCGUGCAGCCUAGACCC